GAGGCAGUGCGGAGGGAGACAGGAGUUUUGAUGCAACACAACCAGGCGCACAACACAACAACAACAGCACAACUAAGAAAACUAAGAGUCUGACAGAUGUAGCUUUGUAGGGUGACUACGUUCAACUUGACUGCAAACAAGGCCAGCGAGAGAAGAGAUCAUGCCUCACCUCCUGCACCUUCUACCAUUCCUCUAUUUGCUCCCAGUCGUGGCGCCACUGUUUUGCUACACAUGCGUCUUUCCGGCUGUUUCUCCUCUGCACUGCAUUCGGUACCCGAUGAAGUGUCCACCAGGGCACCAGUGUCUCACCAGCAGGGCAGUGGGGCAGAGAGGGGACGUCAGCGUGGUCCUGUACGAGAAGAGCUGCAUACUCUCGUCUCUGUGUGGGCUCUCGGGAGAGAAAUACGCCAUGGGUCUGAACUUCACCUUCACAAAUGAAUGCUGUGAUACUCACCUCUGCAAUAGCGCCCCAUCCACCAGCAGAGGGAGCCUCUGGGCCGCCACACUGCUCUGCCUGCUUAAGUUCUUACUCUGGUGAUGAUCUUAGUUAGUUUUCAACCAUUCAUGUUUACAGUGGCGUAAAAAAAGUAAACUCUUUUGCCACAACGAUGAGGACUGAUAAUUAGUGAUUAAUUUUCCUUAACAAGAUACCAGACAUAAUUAAC